AUGUGCUCCGCCGACAUCUUCCUCGCCUUUAUCGCGCUCCUCUUCCCGCCGCUGCCGGUCUGGGUCAAGUGCGGCAUCUGUAGCGCCGACUCCCUCAUUAACAUCCUCCUCUGCGUGCUCGGCUUCAUCCCCGGCCUGCUUCACUCGUGGUACAUCAUCGCCAAGUACCCCGAGCCGGCCUACGAGUACGAGGCGCUCCCCCAGGAUCGCGAGGGCGGCCGCGUCACCUACGUCUACGUCCAGUGCCCUCAAGGCCAGCACUCCCAGCAGCCCAAGCCGCAGCCUCCUCAAGGCAUGAACUACGGCACCCAGAGCGCCGCCGCUGCGAACCCGGCUCCUGCUCCUCAGGAGCAUGGCAUCGCGAAUGCCGGCGAGGGAAGCUCCGAUCACCAGGGCGUCCCGCCAUCCUACGCAGAGGUUGUUGCUGGCGACAACAAGAUCCAGUCCAAGGACUAA